GUGUUUUUACAUCCAAGUAAACAGAGUUGUGCAGCACGGUGGGUUUGAUGUUGAGAGGGUGUCGAGGAGGGAUGUGCCCCUCGUUUAUCUUAUCGCCCCUUCCACUAUCAUCCCAGCCCACCAGCCCGCCGUCAUCCCGUCCCGGCCUUCCUCCUCGGACACCAACUCACCUCCGAUCCGCGCAUCAUCCCGGCACCAAACCAUCGGGUCCCGCUUCUUCAACCCGGCAAACAUGUCCCGCAAAGGCGUCGGGCUCGCGGCCUUCGACCGGUCGCGCCUGACUUCGGCGCAGUACGCCAGCCACGGGUCGACGCUGCGGUCGGCCAACGCCGAGGCGCUCGAGACCCAGCUGGCCGUGUUCCGCUCGCUGCUCCAGCAGUUCGCCCAGACGCACGCCAAGGACAUACGGUCGAACCCGACCUUCCGCGCCCAGUUCGCGCGCAUGUGCGCCGCCAUCGGCGUCGACCCGCUCGCCAGCAGCAACCACCAGUCGUCGCCGUCGUCGUCCGGCAGCGGCGGCGCCGGCUCCAUCUGGGCGCAGCUGCUGGGCCGGUCCGUCAACGACUUCUACUUCGAGCUGGCCGUGCGCGUGGUCGAGGUCUGCAGCGAGACGAGGGGCGAGAACGGCGGGCUGAUCGAGCUGCGCAAGGCCCGGGAGCGGAUCAUGAAGGGCCGCAUGGAGGGCGCGCCGGAGAUCACCGAGGACGACAUCCUCCGUGCCGUGGGCACGCUGAAACCCCUCGGCUCGGCGUACUCCAUCAUCAAGGUCGGCAACAAGCCUUACAUCCGGUCCGUGCCCAAGGAGCUGAACACAGACCAGAGCGCCGUGCUCGAGGCGGCGCAGGUGCUGGGCUACGUGAGCGUGUCGAUGCUGAUGGUCAACCUCAAGUGGAUGCGGGCACGGGCGCAGACCGCGCUGGAGGACCUGGUCGGCGAGGGCAUGCUGUGGGUUGACAAGCAGAGCGACGAAUGGGAGUACUGGAGUCCCAGCGCUAUGCUCGAAAACCAGGACCUUGCUGGCACUACCGGAUGAUGGGUUUCCUCCGGCCGAAUCCAAUCGCCGCGUUGCUUUGCAGGACGUGGAUGAGGACACGCACUCAUCCCCCGCCGCACUGACGAGUUGAAUACCGACGUGGUGGAAAUAUAACAGUCUACCGCGCAGCAGCGUCGGGCAACCCGGUAACCUAACCGGUCGAGGAAACGCCAAAAGAGAACGGCCAGAUUGCAUGCUGGAAUAGCAUCGACGGAGGCUACCAGCGCUGCUCAGAUAUCAACAGCACCAACGUCGUACUGCGGCGAAGAACCCGCGGGACAAGACCUGUAGAUGGGAGCCGCGGGGCCGUCCACCACGGGCUUUUGGAGUGGGAUGAUUCAACACUCCAAAGUGCCCACGCCGCUCUAGCAAAGCCAUGUUUCUACGCAGGACACUGUGUCUUCUGUGGCUAGAGACAGGAGGAGAUAUCAAAUUGGUCGUGAUGAUUGAAGGCAAGUGGACGGUUCGGUGAGCACGACAGUGGGGGUGUGCCAUGACGAUGCUUCCAGAGAGAUAGAGGAGCAAACUACGCUUCAGGGGAUCGACUAGGAAUCGUAGGUGUACCUAUGUUGUAGGUA